AUAAAGCACUAUGACAGAUUCAUAUUGCUAAUGUUAAUGCUUUGUUCGCAGUGUGAAUGUGAAUGUACUGAUCUGAAACAUUGUUUCAAAACAUCAAAACCUGGAAGGAUUAAUGGAAAUUCCAUUAAGACAAGGAAUGGAACAGGAUACAGAGAUUGUUAUAACGACUGUGUCCGGCAUUCUCCUCAGUGCUGCUCCUUUAACUACAACAAGUUCACAGGAUACUGCGAACUGACUGAUGUAGUGCCGUCAGUGACCAAUGUAGUCCAGGACAAUGACUUUAUAUACAGUCGCAUACCAAGCAGUGGGUUAAUACCACCUGCCUGCACAAACCAAUACUGCUCAUUGGUUAAUUACCAGAUUUGUAUACUCCUAUCGACGGGCAUUGGUACCUGUAUACAAGAAUGUCAACUUCUUUCUCAGCCUACAAAUGGAGAGACUGCGUACAACAAUACAUUUUCUGUAGCGGGUACGGAAAUUCUCCUUACUUGUGAUGCAGGCUAUCGAAAGAUUGGAGCAGCAAUGACAUGUUUAACGUCAGGGGCGUGGAUUGAGUCGUUCUGUGUGCCGGUUGUGUGUACGUUUGAAACACCAUGUGACGCCCUGGAGACGGAUUUGACAGCUUCAAGCAUUUUUGAGAUUGAUUCGGGCAGUACUAAAUCCAAGGACACAGGCUGUACAGAGGAUCAUACGACAGGUACCGGCAAUUAUUACUAUUUUGAAACCUCUGAUCCAAUGCAACCCGGCGACACUGCGAGAAUGAAGUCUACUUUCCCUGUUCCAGCCGGUCAACAAGUCUGUGUACAUCUAUGGUACCUAUAUGUGGGGAUAUUCUAUGGGAAGUUUACAUAUUAAAACAAAGAACACUGUUGGAAUAUUUACUAACACACAGCUAAUUGCGAGUGGUGACCAAGGAACGAACUGGCUAGAAACAACAAACACAUUACCUGCGCAAAGUCAAGAAUUCUGGAUCGUUAUAGAAGGUAUAAGGGGAUCUGAUACUAAGUCAGACAUUUGCAUUGAUGAUGUUGAAAUAUAUGGCUGUUAAGGAAAAUUUGGAUUUUUCUGUGGUGUAUGGUUUAUUUUUUUAACGUCCUAUUAACAGUCAUUUAAGGAAGUACCUGCAUUUCAAGGUUGAGGAAAGCCAGAUCGGGAGAAAAACUAUCGGCCUACGGUCAGUACCAGGCAACUGCCCAACAUGGAUUUCGAACUCACUGCACAUUAGUGGAAGGAUAGUGUUUAAGUGUCGAAACACCUCAACCAAUCGGUCACCGCGGCACCUUUUUUUUUUUUUUU